AUGUCAGGGCAUGUCCAGACUAAUGAUUCCAAUGAAGAUAGGCAGCCCAGUAAUACAACUGAAGCAGCUGGCCUGUGGGAUCUCUUCGACUCAGUGGUCAAACAAUCAACAUCAACAAGAACCUCAACCAGCAAUGCAACACUGGAAGCCAGAAAGUAUUUUGAAGAACCAGUGCUGGCAAGACUCCAAGAUCCCUUACUGUGGUGGAAGAAGUAUCUUUGCAUCCCUGGUACAUCUGUUCCCGCCGAAAGGGUGUUCUCUAAAGCAGGGGAGCUAGUCUCCAUGAGGCGUAAUCGGCUGAAGCCAAAGAAUCGUUCAUUCCUUUCGUUUCGAAAAUCUCAUUGCAAGCGUCAAGUUAUUUUUGAAGAACAGAUUUCUGUUCAUUUUGCAAUAAGACACGAAGGUGCGGCUACAAUUUUUGAGGAAGCUCGUCAGCUUACUAUAAUGAACCUUUCUUCGGAAACCCUGUUAAUUUUACUGAUUCUACCACUGAUUACCAUGUGUUCUGGCACCAGUAACAAGAGCAGCAAACCAGCCGACAACAAAGUAAGUCCCUGUUAUGGCGGACAACCAGGGACAAAUGGUAUUCCUGGGAUGCAUGGCAUGCCGGGAUCUCCUGGGGCACCUGGCCGUGAUGGACGUGACGGAACAAAAGGAGACCGGGGCAGUACGGGAAAGGCUGGGCCCCAAGGACCUCCUGGCCUUCAAGGAAACAAAGGUCCGAAGGGAGAGCCUGGUGUCCAGGGUCCUACAGGUCAAAAGGGGCAGCGAGGGGAGAAAGGCGAGAGUGAAAAUACAGGGGCGUCUCAGCUUUCCUCGCAUAUGAACUGGAAAGAAUGUACAUGGAAGAGAGGAGACGGCAAAGACUCGGGAGUGAUCCAAAACUGCGAGUUCAUGAAGAACUUCACAGACACUUCCCUCCAUGUCUACUUUGCUGGUAACCUCAGGAUUUAUGGAUGUGACGGCUGCUGUAGCCGUUGGUAUUUCACCUUUAAUGGCGCCGAGUGCAGCUCUCCUGGCCCCAUCGAAGGCGCGUUUUACAUGCGAACUGGGAAGAACCACGAUCUUCAUCGUCACCGCCAUAUUGAAGGUCACUGUAACAACAUUCACAAAGGAAAGGUGCGAGUGGGUUUCUGGGUUGGAAGCUGCAACACUGGCCAUAAGAAUGCUGACGCGUACACAGGCUGGGCCACAAUGUCUCGGAUCUUCAUCGAAGAGGUGUCAAAGGCUCAGCAGUAA